AUGGUCUCUGUACAAAUUUUAGAUGGCGGCCUUGGCACGUCUCUCCAGGACCAGUACGGGGUGAAGUUUGAUAGCACUACAACUCCACUCUGGUCCUCUCACAUGCUCGUCUCCGACUCGGCCACGCUGCAAGCCUGCCAGCAGGACUUCGGCACUGCAGGUGUGGAUGUGCUUCUCACAGCGACCUAUCAAGUCUCGUCCGAGGGCUUUGCGCGCACAAAGACCACGGAGUUUCCCAAUGGCAUCCCAGUUACUGCCAUGGGCAAGUACCUGCAGAUUGCAGUGGACGUCGCAGAGCGAGCCAAGGUCCGCGAUAGUGCCAAGAUCGCGCUGAGCCUGGGUCCCUAUGGGGCGUGCAUGAUCCCCGGACAGGAGUACAGCGGGGCUUAUGAUACCGCACAUGAAAGCGAGGAGUCUCUGUACCAGUGGCAUCUGGAGCGGCUGCGGCUUUUCCUGGCCGCGGACGGGAACUUGCUUAGUCGGGUACAGUAUGUUGCGUUCGAGACGCUGCCUCGGCUUGACGAAAUUCGUGCCGUGAGGAGGGCCAUCCAUGAUUCGGGAAUCACGACGCCGUUUUGGAUUGCUUGUGUGUUCCCUCGCGAGGAUGACCUCUUGCCGGAUGGUAGUUCAAUCGAACAGGUAGUCCAGGCUGCCAUCACGCCUAUGGAGAAUGGGCGUACUCCGUGGGGUAUUGGGAUGAAUUGUACCAAGCUCCAUAAGCUCUCGGGACUGAUCAGCAACUUUGGUACCUGUGUUAAUGAGGCAGUGACCUCUGGUCAGGUCGCUAUAGUCCCGAGUCUAGUUCUGUACCCGGAUGGUACAAACGGCGAGGUUUACAACACCACGACGCAGACAUGGGAGAAGCCGGAUGAUUUCAACAAAAGCGGCAACAGAGACACGCGCUCGUGGGAAAUUCAACUGGCUCAGAUUGUCAAUGAUGCCAGUAAAAACGGCCCCUUCGAAUCCUUUUUAGUGGGCGGAUGUUGCAAGGCAUCUCAUCGCGAUAUUGGCAACCUUCGACAACAGUUUUCAACCCAGUGA